AUGCGUCCCGUUUGCGUUGAGCACAUUGACAUGUUUCAGCGUCCAGGUUUAUUGGGCCACCCUAGUCCUUCUCGCCCGCCUCGCCAUCAUGCUAGUCCUGCCCGCCCCCUUAGUGCCUUUCGUCACAAUUCCCCUGACCGUAUCAGUGGUCCUGCCCGUUCCUCUACCGCCACGACCUCACGCCGAAGCUCUCCAUACCCUACCACCUCUCCCCGCCGAGACAAAGCACCACAUCUUCGUGUUCGUUUUGCUUCCGCUUCUCCACGUUCCGCCUCGACACGCCCUCCUACCUUGCCUGCAUCAAGCAACCGCUUAAAUAGUGACUUGUCGAGUAGUGAGGAAGACGACAACGACGACGAGGAAGACCAGGAAGAAGUAAGAAUGGAAACAGACACGGAGACCAUAGAGUCUGACGCAGACUCGGAUAAACCCAUAAACGUUCAUGUUCGUCAGAACAACAACUUCGAAGUUGAAUCUGAUGCCGAUGUUGAUGGUUUCAUGGACGAUUCUGACGACGAAGACACGAAACCCGAUGGAACAUCUAAAAUACGCAAACCACCAGGCGAAGUUGGAAGACCCAAUAGUGGAGGUUACAGUCUUGAGAAAUUUCUGAAUUGGCCAGCCUCGAAAUACCACUCAGUCAUGGCUUUUGUAAAGAAGCAAGUACAUGCAGAAUUCAACUGUGCCCUUUCUCUAACUGAACAAUUGCCGGAAAACCGGGAGAGAGUUUGGAGAAAUUGCCUAAAAAAAUUUCCUUGGCUCGAUGACUACCAUAGGCUGUGGCCUGUGGAUGAUUUCGCAGUCAGCCGUCUCAAAUAUGCAAAAUCGGUUAUAAAGAAGAAAGAACGUGAGGCGCUUCUCGAAAAAUGUUGCGAUAAGUCUGAAGCCAAGGGGCCUCGGAAGACAAAGAACCAAAGGAGGAAGACGUCAGUUCGCGCUAGUGCACGUCUCGGGAGAAGAGAGUGA